CAUCUUACAAGGUCACAGAUUUAUGUCUAACACCGGAGCCUGAGCAGAAGAGGCCACGUUAGAGGGUCUUGACCUGAAGUGUGGGCACUGACGCUCCAUGAUGGUGAGCAGAGUGUGGGCCGCUCUAGAACUCUCCCUUACCUGCAUCUCAGCCUUCAGCCUCAUCUCCCCUGCCUGGUUCCAGACUGCCACGUUCUCCUUUGGUGUCCUCACCUACUGCUCCUGGCCUCAGAGUGACCGCUGGAACCAGAGCUGUGGGACCUUCAGGUCCCUGGAUGAUAUUCCUGACUUCGCCUGGAAGGUGUCAGCUGCACUUCUUCUUGGAGGCUGGUUCCUGUUGGCCUUUAAUGCAAUCUUCUUCCUGUCCUGGGCCCUGGUUCCUAAGGGGCUGUGCCCAGGGCGGGGCAGUGGCAAAAUGCCGAGCGUGCAGGCAGCUGCAGCCACCACCACCAUUGUGGGCCUGCUGGUUUUCCCCAUCAGCCUGGCCUCCCCAUUCGCCAAGGAAGCCUGUGGAGCCUCCUCUGCGUACCGCCGUGGGCAGUGCCAGCUGGGCUGGGGCUAUGUGACUACCAUCCUCAGUGCGGUCCUGGCCAGCCUCCUGCUCGUCAUCAGGUGGCCCCGCAUGACCAAAGUCCGGGGGCCGACCGUCCUCUUCUCCAGCGACACUGAGAAAAUCAUCCUCGUCCCAGAAAUGAGCAAAUAA